CUCUCCCGCCGCUUCCCGCCCGCCGCGGCCCCUCCCGCAGCACCAUGGCCGCGGCCCCGGUGGCCGAGGGGGCUCCGGCGGAGCCGCACGACAGUAGCAGCAGUGCUGAAUCCUUAGACCGGCUGUACCCUGCGGUGGGCUCCACCAAGCCACCCCGAAAGCGGACCACUAGCCAGUGCAAGUCUGAGCCACCCCUGCUGCGGACCAGCAAGAGGACCAUCUACACAGCUGGCCGGCCACCAUGGUACAACGAACAUGGGACACAGUCCAAAGAGGCCUUCGUGAUAGGCCUGGGAGGAGGCAGCGCCUCUGGGAAGACCACGGUGGCCACCAUGAUCAUUGAGGCUCUUGAUGUCCCUUGGGUGGUUCUGCUGUCCAUGGACUCCUUCUACAAGGUGUUGACCAAGCAGCAGCAGGAACAGGCAGCCAGCAAUGACUUCAACUUUGACCACCCUGAUGCCUUUGACUUUGAUCUCAUCAUCGCCACCCUGAAGAAGCUGAAGCAAGGCAAGAGCGUGAAGAUCCCCAUCUACGACUUCACCACCCACAGCCGGAAGAAGGAAUGGAAAACCCUAUAUGGCGCCAAUGUGAUUAUCUUUGAAGGCAUCAUGGCAUUCGCAGACAAGGAGCUCCUGAAGCUCCUUGAUCUGAAGAUAUUUGUGGACACGGACUCGGAUAUCCGCUUGGUGCGUCGCCUGCGCAGGGACAUCAGUGAGCGUGGCCGUGACAUUGAGGGUGUCAUCAAGCAGUACAACAAGUUUGUCAAGCCUGCCUUUGACCAGUACAUCCAGCCAACCAUGCGGCUGGCUGACAUUGUCGUGCCCCGAGGGAGUGGAAACACAGUGGCUAUCGACCUGAUUGUUCAGCAUGUCCACAGCCAGCUGGAAGAGAGGAAGCUACGUUGGGAUAUGGCCGCCCUGGCCUCUGCCCACCAGUGCCACCCCCUUCCUCAGACCCUCAGUGUGCUGAAGAGCACCCCUCAGGUGAGGGGCAUGCACACCAUCAUCAGAAACAAGGAGACCAGCAGGGACGAGUUCAUUUUCUACUCCAAGAGGCUGAUGCGGUUGCUGAUUGAGCAUGCGCUCUCCUUGCUCCCCUUCCAGAGUUGCACAGUCCAGACGCCGCAGGGACAGGAUUAUGAAGGGAGGACAUACAGUGGGAAGCAAAUCACCGGCGUGUCCAUCCUGCGUGCGGGCGAGACCAUGGAACCAGCGCUGCGAGCAGUGUGCAAGGACGUCCGCAUUGGGACCAUUCUCAUCCAGACCAACUGCAACACGGGCGAGCCGGAGCUCCACUAUCUGCGGCUGCCGAAGGACAUCAGUGAAGACCACGUCAUCCUGAUGGACUGCACGGUCUCCACGGGUGCAGCAGCCAUGAUGGCAGUGCGGGUGCUGCUGGAUCAUGAUGUCCCAGAAGACAAAAUCUUCCUCCUUUCCCUGCUUAUGGCGGAGAUGGGUGUCCACUCAGUUGCCUAUGCUUUCCCCCGGGUGAAGAUCAUCACCACAGCUGUGGACAAGAAGGUGAAUGACCUUUUCCGGAUAAUCCCUGGCAUUGGGAACUUUGGCGAUCGGUACUUCGGGACGGAUGCUCCUCCCGACUGGAGCGAUGAUGAAGAUGCUCUUAGCACUUAGCUGGAUGUGGAGAUGCCACUGGCUACAGGCAGCUUCAGCACUGCACCUUAACCCCUUCUGUCCGCUGCAGAGAUUUCUCCUUCCUUCUCACCAAGCAUAGAUAUUUUUUUCAGAUGUUACAUUGGAGAUCUAGGUCAUAUUUUUUCAAAGAAACGCAAAUCCUAGUUUGACUUUGUGGACAGUUGCGUGUCCCAGCAUAGAGCGGAGUUUAUUUAUUUUAAUUUAAAUAUUUGCCUAUAUAACUUAUUGGAGAUAUUUUAUAAAGAAAAAUAAUAAAUUUUUUUGUCUGGUU